CUCUUUGGCACUUAAAUCAAUACUUGCCAGUCGGGUUUCAGCCCCCUCACUUUCGUCGUAGCUUUCGCCUCCGCUGCGCCGCAGGCCACAUUGUGUUCACGAACAAACUUUGGUUUUUCUCCGGGCUUUUUAUUUUUGGGCGUCAACUUCAUCUCUGCUUUCCUGAAAAUGAACGAGGAUUUCAUGCAGCUCGGCUUUAUCAAAGACUUCAACCAAGUGUGCAGGUUGUGCUUAGCCCAGGGUGGCGUUUUAUCCCGAAUUUUCGACCAUGUCAAUGCGUCCAUCCCGGAGGCAGAGAAUUUGAGGUGCAAAAUUGAAAAGAGCGUUUCUUUGCAGGUUGAAGAAAAUGAUGGGCUUCCUAACCUCAUAUGUGAGCAUUGUCUCCUGAAUGUUGACCGUUCUCUGAAAUUUAAAGAACGAUGUAUCAGAAGUGAUGCUUUGCUUCGAUCAUACCUCCACUACAUAGUUCUAAAAGAAAAGGAAAAUUCACAGCCAUAUAUUAAAACAGAAAUCAAAUCAGAACCAGAAGAGCAAGAUAUAGAUGCACUACAUGAUUCUAUUGAUGAGGAUGAGGACGAUGAAGACGAUGAAGAUGAUGAUAGUUGUCACCAGGAUAUCAAAGAAGAGCAGUCGGAGGAGGUUGUAAUGAUAGUGGACCCAUUUAGCAUACAUCUGGAUCAGUAUGAUGAUGAUAUGUCAGAAGAAAAUCAAGAUUCUCAUCUUGACUAUCCGGUAGAGUCGAGUUACGGUGGCAGUGAUGUUUUACGGUUAUCACAAGAGGAUCCCCGCCGACAUUCCAAUUGUAAUAUUUGCAAUCUAGGAUUUAAAAAUCGGGAACAGCUGGAUCGGCAUAAGCAAAUCCAUACUGCUGGCCCUCCUUAUCCGUGCGACUACUGUGAUAAAUCUUUUGAUGGACGCUCUGACUUGAAAACACAUUGGGAAACACACAAAGGUGACAACCAGUUCAUGUGUGAAGUCUGUGGAGCAUCGUAUGCUGAGGAAGCUAUUUUACAAGCGCAUUCCAUCAUCCAUGAGCGAGUUCGCCCUUACAACUGUCCCACUUGUAGUAAAUCUUUUUACUAUAGAUCAGAUCUUCGCAAACAUGCCAUCAUUCAUACUGACUUGAGUGUCCCCUCCAAUUCAGGCAAUGACCUCUCUUCUCUGCUGAUUGCGGAACCUAAUGGGAGUACAAGGAAAAGGUUCAGGAAUCCUGAAGAAUGGAAACGAAAUAAACUGCGCAAAGCAAGAAACGAGGGGAAGGAGUACGUAGAUCGUAACAUGAAAGUACAUGCCGCUAAGAGGUGUGGAGAAUUUAUUCACAAUUGCCGUUUUCACUGCAACCAAAAUGUCCCUGAAACUGUCCGUCAGCAAAUCUUCACUGAGUUUUGGUCCCUUGGAGAUUGGAACAUUCAAACAUCUUACCUUUGUCAGCUCGUGAUUCUAGAAAAUGUUCAAAGGAGGAAAAAGAAGUGUCCUGUUUACUCAAAGGAUGUAGCUUGCAAGUACUUCUUAAAUGCUCAAAGAGUUUGCAAAGAAUUUUUCAGGAGAACUCUUGAUAUUUCCCACAAACGCAUUUCCUAUUCGAUUAAAAAAAAGAAAGUAUCAGAGAGUGGUUUCUUGCCACCUGAUAAAAGAGGGAGGGGUAAACCAGCCAAUAAAAUUCCUGAUUCCAAGGUCAACCUGAUCAAACAACAUAUCAAAUUAUUUCCGCGAUAUACGAGUGACUAUUCUCGACACAUUAACCCGCAUCUCAAAUAUUUAUCACAAUAUUUAACUGUGACAAAAAUGUAUAAUCUAUAUGUAGAUUAUUGCACUGAACGUAACUCGGAACCUGUGACAGAAACAUUUUAUAGGAACACUUUUAAUGCUCAGCUUAACCUCCAUCUCCAAAGACCUCUUGAGGCAUGUCUAACGUGUGACAAGGUGGAGCUAGAUAUUGCUUACGGUAGUGCAAUAGAAAUGCAACAGGCAAUAGAGCAAAAAGAGAUGCACUUGCAAGAAAUGGCAAUUGCAAAACUUGACAAAGAAUUAACAAUAAGAACCAUCAAUUCUGAUCAUGUUGUGGUUUGUUUUAGUCUGCAAAAAAUAUUGCCAAGUCCUUCUCCAGCUUGUAAUAAAGCAUACUAUGCUAGACAGCUGUAUUUGUAUAAUUUUUGCAUUCAUGAUCUUCAGUCUGGUGAUGCCAUUAUGUAUUUAUGGCAUGAAGGCCUUGCAGGUCGAGGACCAGAGCAAAUUGCAUCCUGUUUGUACAAAUUUAUCCUCUCUUUGCCUCCACAUGUAACCCAUAUUACAGUAUUCAGUAACAGCACUGUGCAGAAUAAAAGUACCCUCCUGGUUAAAUUUUGGCUUUAUGUCAUUCAGAACACACAGAUCAAGAUAAUAAAUCAUAAAUUUCUCCCGUUUGAACACUUGGCGAAUGAGUGUGACAAUGAUUUUAUUACAAUUGACAAGUGGAGAAGGAAAAGUGCGGCAGAAAUAUACAUUCCAACUCAAUGGAUUCAUAUAAUUUCUGACCAUAGUAAAAAGUAUUCAUUUGUUGAAAUGACAAAUCAAGAUUUUGUCUCCCUUGAUUGCCUUAAACCGUACUUCAAGGACUCAGUCCCUGAUAUUGACUCCAUGGAAUGUUUUCAUUUGCAACAAGGAUCCUUCACACUUUUUUACAAAAGAGCCAUUGCAGAAAAGGAUUUUCAAAUGUUUAACAUGAAGUCAGAUGAAAUUCAAAGUAUUCCUGAAAGAUUACCAUUUUUACUAACAUCGUCAAAUCAACAUAAAAUAAAAUUUGCCAAGUACAGGACUUUACUGGGCCUAUUGCCUCAUGUACCAGCAGCAUAUCAUGGGUUUUAUCUACUGUUGCCACAUGAUGAUGUUGACUCGAACUGUGAAAAUUUACUUAGCAUCGUUGAUGAAUCCAGAACUAGCAGAUUUUCUUUUUUUUAUGAUACUGAUGAAGAAAACGGUUCUUAGUCAGUCCUCAAUUUCUUUAUAUUUCCUAUUUACCCAAGUGCCUGUCAAUGUCAUCAUAGUGGGUGUCCUCGACCAUCCACACCAGGGAUUUCCCUCGGUUCUUUUGGGAUGGACGAAGUCAAGGACUGCAGGGACAAAUAGAAAAUUGACCCCAAGGAAUACUAAUUUCAUAAUCCCGAGCCCCCCCCCCCUCCGAUGCUCCUUGGAAGCCAGGAGGUCCUGACUUUAAAAAUCAGGGCUACCUUCACAGUCUUGCAUUGUAUUCUAUCAAAAUCGGAGAGUCAGGAAAUAUCGACCAAAACCAAUAUCAAGAGAUCCAAAAUCGAUCCAACCCGGUUGCUGAAUGGAUUACUAGACAAGGUACGGAUUUCAGCAUUCUGAUACUUGUUUCUCAACCAAAA